AUGCUCAAGCAAGUGGAUGAUCUCGCCUCGCGGUUUGAGGAGGUUAUAAAUAAGCCGAGGUUCAAACAACUUAACCAGUUGGUCGAGGAACACUCGAAGCUUACGUAUCAGAAGGAGCAGCUAGAGAAGGCUAUCGAUAAUAUACAAAAGUUACUCAUGUCGCACCAAGUGUCAAUUCUCAAUGCUUUAAUUGCGACUUUUGACUUGGCAACCAAGAAGGCCUUCCCGCAAUUGACUUCGGUGUCAACUGUUGUAACGCAGAGCUCGCAUCCAAAUUUUGGUGAUUAUCAAUGCAACAAUGGCCUAAGUUUGGCCAAACAAUUCUCAACUGACGGAACUAAACUAUCUCCCUUCUCUAUUGCUACUAAGAUUUGUGAACAUCUAGUAAAGGGGUCAAUGAUCGAAAAAGUUGAAAUUGCAGGACCUGGUUUCAUCAACAUUUUCAUCUCUCGCUGCUUUGUUGAGGCAGAGGUAACAAAGCUUGUCCGCCUCGGUUUUUCUUUGCCACCGCCACAGCGUAGUCUUAAGUGUAUUGUGGACAUGUCUAGUCCAAAUAUUGCUAAAGAGAUGCACGUUGGACAUCUAAGAUCAACCAUUAUUGGCGAAAGUAUAUCACGGCUCCUCAAAUUCAUGGGUCACAACGUAUUGAAACUCAAUCAUCUUGGUGACUGGGGCACGCAGUUUGGCAUGUUGAUUGCGCAUCUGAAGGAUACCUUUAAGGAUCUUGGUGACAGGCCCUUGCCUGUCACAGACCUGCAGAAGUUCUAUCAGGAGGCAAAGAUACGUUUUGACGAUGAUGAGGACUUUAAGAAGCGGUCCUACGAUGCUGUUGUCAAGCUGCAAGCUUUCGAUCCCGAACACAUUAAGAAUUGGGAAAAAAUUUGCGAUGUCUCCAAGCAGGAAUUUUAUGACAUCUACCGCCGUCUGGACAUUGAGGACCUCAUUCCACGUGGUGAAUCCUUUUACCAGUCACGCAUGAUCACCCUUGUGAAGGAUCUUGAUAAUAGUGGCCUACUAAACUUAGACAACGGUCGAUUGAUCUUGUGGGUCCCGACAUCAAACGUCCCCUUGACCAUCGUUAAAUCUGAUGGCGGUUUCACUUACGACACCUCUGACUUGACAGCAGUUCGUCAGCGAGUUAUUGAAGAAGGUGGGGAACGGAUUAUUUACGUUGUCGACUCGGGCCAAAGUUUGCAUUUGCAGAACAUUUACUCGGCAGCUGAAGUCUGUGGUUUCGUGGAUCCUGCACGCACUAAGCUGGAGCACAUUCCUUUCGGGGUUGUGCUUGGAGAGGACAAGAAGAAAUUCAAGACUCGCACAGGUGAUGUUGUGAAGUUGAUCGACCUCUUGAAUGAGGGAGUAGAUCGAGCAAAAGCGAAGUUGGUUGAAAAGGGUCGAGACAAAGAGUUGACUCCGGAGGAACAGCAGACAGCAGCUGAGUCUAUUGCCUAUGGUUGCAUUAAAUAUGCCGAUCUUUCACACAAUCGAAUCAACGACUACGUCUUUUCUUUCGAUAAGAUGUUGGAUGACAAGGGCAAUACAGCCGCGUACCUCCUGUACGCCUACACACGAAUUCAAUCCAUCAUUAGAAAGACAAACUGGAGUGAGGAAAAGCUUGCUGAAGUGUGCAAAACAUUCGACGUCAGCUUGGAGCAUCCGGCAGAGUUUAAAUUGGGUAAAAUUCUUUGCCGGCUGCCGGAGGUUUUGUACAAGUUGGAGGAAGAUCUAUUUUUCCACAAACUUUGCGACUACCUCUAUGAAGUUAGCUGUGUGUUUACGGAGUUCUACGAUGCUUGCUACUGCAUUGAACGAGAAGGCGAUAAAAUAGUGAAAAUUCAUGAGUCGAGGAUCUUGCUCUGUCUGGCAACCGCCAAGAUAAUGAAGACGUGCUUCGAUCUGCUCGGAAUCAGGACAGUGGAAAAGAUGUAA